GGAUUCUGGAAUCUGGAUUCCAUCUAAGUAGCGAGCGGAGCCUCCAGGCCCAACAACCAACUGUCUACGACGCCUACUCUCAUCUCUCGUAUCUCGUCUUCGCCAUGGGCAAAUCACAGAGCAAACUCUCGCCAGAGCAACUCGCCGAUCUCCAGAAACACACCUAUUUCGAUAAGCGAGAACUACAACAGUGGUACAAGGGCUUCCUCAAGGACUGCCCGUCCGGCCAGCUCGACAAGGCGGAGUUCAGCCGAAUAUACAAGCAAUUCUUUCCCUUCGGAGAUCCUGGCGAGUUCGCGGACUACGUCUUCAAUGUCUUCGAUGAGAACAAGAAUGGCACCAUUGAUUUCAAGGAGUUCAUUUGUGCGUUGAGCGUGACUAGCCGUGGUCGGUUAGACGAGAAGCUCAAAUGGGCAUUCCAGUUGUAUGACAUAGAUGGGGACGGCUUCAUCACAUAUGCGGAGAUGCUCCAGAUCGUGCAGUCGAUAUACAAGAUGACAGGUCAGAUGGUAAAGCUUCCCGUGGAUGAAGACACGCCGGAGAAGCGCGUCGACAAAAUAUUCCGUAACAUGGACAGGGAUAAAGACGCAAAGCUGACGUACGAAGAGUUUGUGGAAGGGAGUAAACAGGAUCCCACGAUCGUGCAGGCCUUGUCACUAUACGACGGACUUGUAUAGUAGGAUCUGCGCGCGGCAGCCGCAUGACGUUGUGGCGCAUUCGGUUUCUCUUGGACUAUUAUUAUAUUCACGCGCCGCCAGCGUUACCAGACGUGUGUGCCAACGAACUUGUACGAGCUGAGCAUGUGUACGUCGACGUUGCAGUCAGAAGGAAUGUGUGUUAUAUCAUUAUGGAUAAAUUGCGACGGCUUGUAGAACUACUUCGCCUCCGCAGGCAGCCUCCCGUACUUCUUGAGAAUUCUCGUGUCGACAUCGUUCGCGAUCCAUUCAUGGAGCCCUUCCGAGAACUCAAGGUUGUCGCGCUCCGCUUUGAAUAGCUUGUUGUAGUCCUGGGCCUGCCCAGGCGUUGCUGCGGCAGCUGCAGCGAAGGGCGUGGCCAUGUCGCGGGAAGAGUCCGCGGAGUUCUCUCCACCGAGGAUGAGCCGGUAAAGGCCAUUGAGCCCGAAGAAGUUGAGGAAGUACCACGAAAGCGAGGACACCCAUCGCACGUCCAUGUCAGGCGUCUCCACUCCACGCUGAAGCAUGCUCUUGAAGCCCAGCGUCAGCGGGAACGGGAGCUUGAUGAGGACGAAACCUUGGAAGAAGAAAUUGAUCCAGCCCAUGAUUACCAUCUGCGGGACCAUCAUGACCAUCUGCGUCUUCAUGCCGGCCAUCAUCCCAUCCAUUGCAGCGGGGUCGGUGAGCGGGUUGGGAGGCGUACUCGAGGACGCGUCACCUUUUGGCGGACCGUCCUUCAGGUAGGUGCCGUCGGCGAAAGCUUGGGAGAGGUGCUGGGAGAUGACCUUGUAGUAUGUUGGUGGUAGAGGCGAGUUUGCGGACGUCGCGCGAAGGAUUUGUGACCGGAUGAGAGCACGUUGUUCCCGGAUGGCAUGUCUAGGAAUUUUCUUGGGCUGUGACUGUAGGAGCAAGACUACAUAGUGUCUCAAUAUUCCCACAAGGAUCAUCACCACGGUGAUCGGGAACAGGACCCAGUCCCGGAUUUGAGGAUCGAGAUACAACGAUACUGUAGAGCUCGACAUGU